AUGCCUACGUCACACGUAGAGCUCGCGAUGGCGCUUGAUUUGACUCCCCGUUUCAGAAGGUUGAACAGCCAAACGAGAAGUUUUCGCGAAAAUAUACAACAUGGUUUCUCGGGGCCCUUCGGUGCCACCCAGUUGUGGCACAACAUCAUCCAGGCCCUGCAGACCCAGGUGGAAGUGCGCCGCUGUCGAAGGCAUCUUCGCCUUCAUGCUGAAUGUUUUACAGGCUCAGACGCAGUGGACGCCGUCCUCAGUUACUUGAUGCAGAAUGUGGUGUUUUGCACGAGCGAAGUGUCUCGCCUCAAAGCUGCUCGACUGUGCCAGGCUCUGAUGGAGGCCAAGGUGUUCGAACCUGUCGGUACGAAGCUGUUUUGCAGAGACAAGGAGGUGACCUUUGAGGACAGCAGCUGCAGCCUGUACCGUUUUCUGGAGUAUAAAGUGGAACACAGUUCUCCAAUGAAGGAGUGCAGUAGUGACACAGAGAACAUGGUGCCAGAGGAACAGGGGCUAAAGAGGAAGAAGAGCUCCAGGAGGCUGAAUGAACUGAGGACGAUCUCUAAUCCUCUUGCUGUUGGACCGUCAGACAGGAGGGUCGAGAGGCUGCUGAGGACCAUCAACCUGCGACCAACUUUGUCUACAGCUUUAAACACAACCCCCACUACCUCUACCUUUCUGUCCAAAACUGUGGUGGAUGAGGUUUGGAAGCAGCAGACGCUGCUGCAGCUGCUGCAGAUAGUAGAGUUGCCUAUGCUGGACUGCAUCUUGACCUCUCCAGCCAGCGUUCAGCUCCAGGCCUGCAGAGCUCCUGUGGCCGCUCAGGACCUGGUCAUCUCUAACACAUGCCUGGAGAGAGAGCUGCCCGACACCCUUAAUCUGCCCCACUUGGAUGAGUGGCUGUCGGCAGCCGCAGACUGCUUGGAGCUCUUUCCCGACCAGCUGAUUGUGGUGGCAGGGGAGCAGCUCAACCAAAAAAGCGUUGACACCUUUUCAGAAGAGGACCAGGCAGAGCAGACGGCAAACCAAAAGAGGCUGCUUUUUGACACCAUCGCCAAAUACUACAAUGGACAAGAGAGAGCGCCGCUUCUAUCAGGGCGCCACCUUGACAUACACGCUGCUAUUCUGAAUUUGCUGGAUGAAGGAAAGCUGCAGGAUGCCAUCAGAGCAUCUCAGUUGUGUUUUCGACUGCUGGAGACAAGCGUGAGAGAUGAACUGAGGAGACUGCUGGCCUUUAUGGCAACAGCAGCUCACCCAGAUUCUUGCCGUCUUCAGAAACAGAUUGAUAACAGGGCCGCAGUCUGCCGCUCUUUUCAAAGAGCGAUUAUCCAGAAUCAUGAACUGACUCGAUCCCAAAGUGAAACCCUGGUGCUGUUCCUCGUGGACAAUUGCACUGAGCUCUUCAAGACUCCGACAUCCCUGAUUGAAGCUGUGAGGAGAACACUGAGGACUAUGCAGCAGGGAAAAGACCCAGACUCAACUGCCACGUUCACCUUCUGCCAGCAGGUGACGCCACAGGAGUACGAGGAUCAGCGAGAGGCUGCCACCCUAGUGAGCCUCAAACAGCUUCUUCAUGACAUCUCCUCCAGCAAAACCAUAUCUGUCAAAGAGCGGAGGAGGCUGCUCAAAGAGUUUGAAAAACAUCACCCCGUGGUCUUCCUCCAGCAUUUAUCCAGCACCUUCUGAGACAUACAACUCAAGGCUUAUUGGUUUGACUUGAUAGGUGCACUUCACAAAGGCGGUUUGCAGUGGU